AACGAGCGCAAUGAAUAUAUCCCUUCCUUCAUCGCCAAAAAGCCCUUCUACAUCGACGACGCCACCGCCUCCGAAUCCGACUAUCUCGAGCAUCAGCGUCUGCAAGCCGCCCGUCCGACUCUAGCAGACUCGAAAUGGUACGAUCGUGGGUCACUGACUUCCGCCCCACGAGCGACCAAGUACCGUAAGGGCGCUUGCGAGAACUGCGGGAGCAUGAGCCAUAAAGAGAAGGACUGUUUGCAGCGGAAACGGAAGAAGGGUGCGAAAUGGACGGGGAAGGAUAUCGCGGGCGAUGAGAAGGUGGAGGAGGUGCGGUUGGGAUGGGAUGCGAAGAGGGAUCGGUGGAAUGGGUUCGAGGCGGCGGAGUAUGGAGAGGUGGUGGAGGAGUUUGAGGCGCUUGAGGAGCUGAAGAGGAAGGCGGAGGGGGAGAAGGGGGCGGAUGGUGCGGACGGGGAGGAGGGUGAAGGAGCCAAGUACGAAGAAGAGACGGAUAUGGGACGGCAGCAGAGUACCAGCACGAGGAAUUUGCGGUUGAGGGAGGACACAGCAAAGUAUCUGCUGAAUCUCGAUCUGGAGAGUGCGAAGUAUGACCCCAAGACGCGGUCGAUGGUCGAUCCUGGUACAAGCAACAAUGAGCUGAUUGCCGAGGACGGCUUCCAGCGCGCUUCGGGCGAUGCGGCGGAGUUUGAGCGUGCCACGCGCUAUGCGUGGGAGACGCAGGAACGAGGCGACGCGGAGAAGAUCCAUUUACAAGCCAAUCCGACCGAAGCACAACUUACGCGGAAACGAAAGGCGGAGGAAGACUUACGGAAGCAGGAGGAGAGGAAGAAGGUGCUGCUGGACAAGUACGGCAGUCAAGAUACCGUUGCGAAGAAGCCCGUGGCUGUGGCGCCGAGCAAUGAGCGCUAUGUCGAGUACGACGAGCAAGGCAGGAUCAAGGGCGCACUCGAGGAGAAGGUGAAAAGUAUGUACGCCGAGGACGUGCUCAUCAACAACCACACGUCCGUUUGGGGCAGUUGGUGGAAGGACUUCAAGUGGGGUUACGCGUGCUGUAACAGUACCGUCAAGAACAGCUUCUGCACGGGUGAGGAAGGAAGGAGGGCUGCUGAGGAGGCCGAGGCGUUUUCAAACGGCCUUGCUCUGCCUACGGCGGGGGAUGCGGGGAAUGCUGAGAUUGUGCCGAAGGAGGAGCGGAGGCUAGAGGAUGGCGGGCCAGAUGAUGCGGAUGGUGGGGACGAAGUAAGGACGAGUCAUGUACCGAAUGCGCCUGAUCGACCAGAGAAGCAGAGUCUGGAUGAGAGUCGGAGAAGGAUCGAGGAGAUGAAAGCGGGCGUGAGUGAAGAAGAAAUGGAGCGGUGGAGGAGGGAGAGGGUGGCGAAGAAUGAUCCCAUGGCUACGAUGCUUGGGCGGGAU